GUCGGGGUCCAGCUGUGGAGCAGAGGCUGCCUGUCGCUGUCAAACGGGCGCGCGAAGCCUCCGGUCUUUAAAGCGCGGCGACGCGCGUUGUGAUCACACUUCCGGGAAGCCUAACCCAACAUACCGAGACACCCUCCCAUUCCUCGGGAGGACUAUGUCUGCCACAGAAAGCACCGGAGAAACCACUUCAGCGUGUGUGGAGAUGUGGAGUGUUUACUGGCCGAAUAGCGACAUCUGCUGUUCCGCUGCCGCACGUAGAAGCGGCCGUGCCGCGCCGCGCCGCGCCGCCUCUUCAGAGACUAUCGCCGUGCCCAAGUUAACGCGGUUCAUUCGCUAAUGUUACAUGUCAAAAAAAAUAUCCUUAUUACAUGUUGUACAACAAUGUAGGAGUGAAACGUCGGGCCUAUCUAUUACCACUAGCUACACACUCACAGCUAAUUUUAAAAAAGCCUUUGAGGGAUCCGUCGUGGGCGGAGCUCCGGCGGCCUCUCGUGGCUCUCCUUUCAAGUUGCAAGCUCGGCGGCAGAUAAGAGCGCGCGCGCGCUCCGUCUCUCGCGCCUCAAGUGGGCGAGAGCGGUCGCGAGCGGCGCAUCUCCGGAAGGGAACGAGCUCCGAGCGCCGGGUGAGUCCGAGUUUUGCGGAAAGAAAAAAAAAAAACAUCACAGAGAAGCUGCGCAAAAGUUGCCCCCGGAAAGGAGAAUUGUCCCCACAACGAGGGCAUCCACCUCCCUCUCUGGCUAAACCAGCAUGAUGAAGGACUGCCUGCAGUUCCUCAUAGAGCCAGCCAAAAAGCUCAAGAUCCGACUCAAGGAUACUCGUAAGCGAGUGAAACUUGACCGGAAGGAGUCGCUGGUGGAGAGUCAGUUAUUUAUUAUGGAAUUGGCCCGAGAACUCAACAAAAUUUGCCAGAGGUCAAACAUCCUCGGCCACAUCUGGACCAGCGAGGACAUCUGGCCAGCCAGUGUGUGUCGGGAUUUUAUUGUUGAGUGGGCUGCUGUGUUGGAGAAGAGAGCACAGCCGAGGAUCAUCCUGUCUGAAUACCAGUACGAGAAACCAGGGAAGAAAGACUGGAAGGGACGCCUCCUCUGCAUGCUGGAGGCCGGGGGGGAGUGUGACAUGGGGCCCCACAAAAGAGUCAUCAUGGACUGGACGCGGGGGAUCAAGAGCAGACCUCAGCCCACCAUCUGGCCGGGCGAGCCCGUGCUCAUGAUGCUGGAGGACCUGGAGUUCCAGUGGAAGAGGGGCCGUCUCCCCAACCUGCUCCCGGCUGUGGAGCUCGUCAUGCUGGCCGUGAUGAAUGCCGACAGCCCCGUCAAGGAGGACGUGACUAAGCAGUGGCUGGUGAGAAAGCAGAGGAGCCAGAAGAUCGACGCCGUCCGCUACAUCCCCCACAGUGUGUGGAAUUGGAUUUGCGACGCUGCAGAGGAAGUCACCCUGGACUCUGACUCAGCCAACGCGGACCUGCUCAUCUCCGGCGAUGAAAAGCGCAUGCGCUGCGGCCUAGAGCGCCGCGAGGUGCCGCGGUGCCGUCGCCGGUUCGACGGCUGGUGGUGCGCGGCGGGCCGGGAGGGCUACGCCUCCGGGCGCCACUACUGGGAGGUGGAGGUGGGCGAGCGGGACUGGCGGCUGGGUGUGGCCAAGGCGUCCGCGGUGAGGCAGGGCUUCCGCUCGCUCACCACCGACACGGGCUACCUGACCCUCCGGCUGGAGAGGGGCGCGGAUCUGAAGGCCCUGACGGUGCCAGCCGCCCAGCUGCCACAGAGCCUGGCGCCCAGGAAAGUAGGCGUGUACCUGGACUACGAGCUGGGCCAACUGUCGUUCUACGACGUAGAGAAGCGCUCCCACCUGUACACCUACAACGAGAAGUUCACAGAGGAACUGUACCCCGUGUUCGGGACUGUGGAGGUGGUCAAAGACCUGGUGAUAAGGCCUGCAGACGUCAGAGAGCCGUGCCUCUGCCCCGGGCCCUGCCUCUGGAACUGAACGGGGGGGGGGGGGGGCCGGGGGCGGCAAGAGCCACCAUCAUUCUGCUUUACUCUUUCUGUUACUCUGCCUUCACGGAGACAUACAGUGUUUGACUAUUUGUGUUGUGAGGGUGAAUAUUUUCAACACCGUCCAAUGAGCUUUGAGAGGUUUUAGAAGUCAUCAGACCUGUUUUUUCCAUUUAAAGUGAAAACGGAACAUCAAAACUGUAUUUGCAAAGGUUCUCAUUCCUACAAUGCAGAAAUGUAUCUAUUUUUAGAGCUGAAACUUGCAAACUAGCUUCACAAAUGUUCUUAAAGCAUGAAGGCACAGUGAAGCGGCCCGCUUCUUAGAGCGCCAGUGGGCUUGUAACGUGCAGAUAAUUACAGUCUGGGUUGAUGCAUGUGAUGAGUUAAGUCUCGCUCUGUUUGCUUCUUUGUCUCCUGCAUUAUUAAUAUGCCAUUAUCAAGAACCAUUCAAAUGUUGUACAAAUGUAUUUAUUUAAAAUCUUUAUUCUGCAAUACAACUGACCUACAAACAAAAAGUGAUACAUGCUGAGCAAAAAGUACAUGAAUACUUAACCGCGAGUGUUUUUUGGUGAGAGGUUCAUCCACUUAUCCACAUCAGAAUUUUUCUGACAAACAUAUAUCCUCUUAAAAUACGUUUUACAAAAUCAUUCUCAACUAGAAAACGUGGAGCCAAACUACAGUAGGACUUGCAUGGAAGCAAAUACAAUCUUUCAGUCUCAUUUAUCUAAAAUAUCAAGAUCUCAUUGUUCUAAUGUUGAUAUAUUAAAAAAUGCAAAACACAAUGGCCUUGCCGAGUAAAGAAGGAUAUGAAAAGUAUCAACUUUAAGCAGCGUGUACCAUAUUGUUGCGUAUAAAAAACAAACAUAAGAAACAUUACACGUUACAUCUAAUAGUAUUUUUUUUUAAUAUCUGUCUGCGUUGCAAAAUCGUGCUUGUCAGUAAGGAAAUGUGCAUAUAAAUGAGCAACACAAGUGGCAACCUGUGUUUGAGGGAAUCCCUCUAUAUUUGGCAUUACAUGUAACCUCACUGAAGUAAAAAUCUUAAAGUAUUAAA